GAGCGACACGGGAGAGGAGGAAGGGGGGGACUUGCAGCCAUCGAAUGCUCAUCGGCUCUGCUCGAUUCCUUUAGAGCUUAAUCGCGGAUCGGCGGCGGCAGCAGCAGCAGCACCGAGUGCAGCGAGCCCAUCCAUCUCGUUGCAACGCAGGAACUGGAGCACUCCGAGUCGUAGCGAUUUCGAGAGCUUCGUUGCGCGCGAGUGCUUGUGUUCGGGAGCAAUGGCAUUGGCUGCGUGCAGGGCUGCGCACUCCGUUGCGGGGGCUUCGCCGUCGUCUCUCGCUGCUGCUGCUGCCAAACCCUCUUCGUCGCUCGCGCGCCCCCAAUUCGCUGGACUGCGCCGUGCUGAUGUCGCCAACGAGUCAUCGUUCGGGGCAGUCUUGUCUCAACGGUUGCAGAGUGCGGGUACAGGGAGCAGGGGAGUCGUCUCCAUGGCUGGAACUGGAAAGUUCUUCGUCGGGGGCAACUGGAAGUGCAAUGGCACGACUGAGAGCAUUAAGAAGCUUGUGGAUGAGCUCAACAGUGUCAUGCUCGAGGAGGGUGUGGAAGUUGUCGUGUCGCCACCAUAUCUGUACAUAAGCCAGGUGCUGGGAUCGUUGUCCAAUAGGAUUGAGGUCGCGGCUCAGAACUCGUGGGUUGGAAAGGGUGGAGCGUUCACGGGGGAGAUUAGUGCGGAGCAGUUGGCUGAUGCUGGCGUGAAAUGGGUGAUUCAAGGGCAUUCUGAGCGAAGACAUGUGAUCGGCGAGACCGAUGCCAUGAUUGGGAAGAAGAGCGCGUAUGCAUUGUCCCAAGGCCUAGGUGUGAUCGCCUGUGUGGGGGAGAAGCUUGAGGAUCGUGAAGCGAAUCGCACCACCGAUGUUGUGUUCGAGCAGUUGCAAGCUUACGCUGAUGCUGUUGGAUCGGACUGGUCGAACAUUGUGGUAGCGUACGAGCCCGUCUGGGCUAUUGGAACUGGCAAGGUGGCCAGCCCUCAGCAAGCUCAAGAGGUGCACGCUGCCAUCCGUCAGUGGUUGAAGGAGAAAGUUUCUGAUGAUGUGUCUUCAAAGACCCGCAUCAUCUAUGGUGGCUCAGUGAACGGUGCCAACAGCGCCGAGCUUGCCACACAAGAGGACAUUGAUGGAUUCCUUGUCGGAGGAGCUUCACUGAAGGGUGCUGAGUUUGGUGUUAUUUGCAACGCGGUCACUGCAAAGAAAGUUGCUGCAUAAGUCGAUUGCUGGCUCUGCUUAAUUUUGUCUGUUGUAGCCAAAUCGCUUGCCUUACACAACUUGUUUUUGUUUUAGGUUAGUGAACAUGUUGGGCCUUGCAAAUCCGUGUAUGGGGUAUUUUUGGUGAAUGUCCACUGAGGUGUCUAGUUUGCGAGCUGAGCUACUGAUAAUGCCUAUUGCUAUCGUUCGACAUGAGCAUUGGUUGCUAGUACUUGCUUUAAGUGAGACACGAGACCCGGUUUUCUUUAUACAAACUGCUGCGUUAGUCUCAGUGCAAUGUCGUCCUUUUUUCGA